AAUGUGUGCCUCUCCAGUGACCAGCGUCCGCCGCCAUGCUCUGACAUCCGCUGUGGGACCACGGCAACAAAACUGACCGAGUACUGACCGUGUUCUCCCGCGGCUCACUGGAGGAAUGUUUUAGGCGGGUGGAACCUUUGCAACCCUCCAGUGGUCAAGGAGCCGGAUCUGACUUUUUAGGCGGACUUGAUUGGUUGUCAACAAUGUUGUCUCUCACUUUUCACCUGGCCGUCCUGAUAGCUGCCGCCUGGGCUUCCAGCGAUGAGACCCGCCUGGUCAAAAGCCUCUUCACCGGCUACAAUAAGGUGGUGCGGCCCGUCAAUCACUUCAGCGACCCGGUGGUGGUGACGGUGGGCCUGCAGCUCAUCCAGCUGAUCAGCGUGGACGAAGUCAACCAGAUUGUCAACAGCAACGUGCGCCUCAAACAGCAAUGGAAAGACGUGAACUUGCAGUGGAACCCUGAGGACUAUGGCGGCAUCAGAAAGAUCAGAAUUCCCUCCACUGACAUUUGGCGCCCAGACCUGGUGCUCUACAACAACGCCGACGGGGACUUUGCCAUCGUGCACGAGACCAAAGUGCUGCUGGAGCACACGGGGCUCAUCACGUGGAACCCUCCUGCCAUCUUCAAGAGCUACUGCGAGAUCAUCGUGCUGCACUUCCCCUUCGACCUGCAGAACUGCAGCAUGAAACUUGGCACCUGGACCUACGACGGGAACCUGGUCGUCGUCAAUCCGGACAGCGAUCGUCCUGAUUUGAGCAACUUCAUGGAGAGUGGGGAGUGGGUGAUGAAGGACUUCCGCAGCUGGAAGCACUGGGUGUACUACGCCUGCUGCCCGGACACACCAUACCUGGACAUCACUUACCACUUCCUCAUGCUGCGCCUUCCCCUCUACUUCAUCGUCAACGUCAUCAUUCCAUGCAUGCUCUUCUCCUUCCUCACCGGACUCGUCUUCUACCUGCCGACAGACUCUGGUGAGAAGAUGACCCUCAGCAUCUCCGUCCUGCUUUCCCUGACCGUCUUCCUGCUGGUCAUCGUGGAGCUGAUCCCCUCCACCUCCAGCGCGGUGCCGCUCAUCGGGAAGUACAUGCUCUUCACCAUGGUCUUCGUCAUCGCCUCCAUCAUCAUCACCGUCAUCGUCAUCAACACCCACCACCGUUCCCCGAGCACCCACACCAUGCCCGAGUGGGUGCGCAAGCUUUUCAUCGAAACCAUUCCAAACAUCAUGUUCUUCUCAACAAUGAAGCGCCCCGGGAAGGAAAAGCCCGUGAAGAACAUCUACAGCGGCGACUUCGACAUCUCGGACAUCUCCGGCAACCAAGCCUCCGCCGUCCCCUACCAGUCGCCCAUCACCAAGAACCCUGACGUCCGCAGUGCCAUCGAAGGAGUCAAGUACAUCGCGGAAACCAUGAAGUCAGACGAAGAGUCCAACAAUGCUGCUGAGGAGUGGAAGUUUGUGGCCAUGGUCUUGGACCACAUCCUGCUGUGUGUCUUCAUGGCCGUGUGUCUCAUCGGCACUUUAGGCGUGUUUGCCGGGCGUCUCAUUGAGCUGAGCAUGCUCUAGAUGCCUCCUGCCUCUUCUUGGAAAAUAUUUUACUCAAACAGAGAACAAUGGUAGGUAUGAAAAACACAACCCAUUUUUGUAACCUUCUGAAAUACAAACCCCGUUUCCAUAUGAGUCGGGAAAUUGUGUUAGAUGUAAAUAUAAACAGAAUACAAUGAUUUGCAAAUCCUUUUCAACCCAUAUUCAGUUGAAUAUGCUACAAAGACAACAUAUUUGAUGUUUUUUUCUGCAAUUAAUAAUAAACUUAAAAUUUCAUGGCUGCAACAGGUGCCAAAGUAGUUGGGAAAGGGCAUGUUCACCACUGUGUUACAUCACCUUUUCUUUUAACACUCAAUAAACAUUUGGGAACUGAGGAAACUAAUUGUUGAAGUUUUGAAAUUAGAAUUCUUUCCCAUUUUUGUUUUAUGUAGAGCUUCAGUCUUUCAACAGUCCGGGGUCUCCGCUGUCGUAUUUUAUGCUUCAUAAUGCGCCACACAUUUUCCAUGGGAGACAGGUCUGGACUGCAUGCGGGCCAGGAAAGUACCCGCACUCUUUUUUUUAUGAAGCCACGCUGUUGUAACACAUGCUGAAUGUGGCUUGGCAUUGUCUUUCUGAAAUAAGCAGGGGCGUUCAUGAAAAAGACGGCACUUAGAUGGCAGCAUAUGUUGUUUCAAAACCUGUAUGUACCUUUCAGGAUUAAUGGUGCCUUCACAGAUGUGUAAGUUACCCAUGCCUUGGGCACUAAUGCACCCCCAUACCAUCACAGAUGCUGGCUUUUGACAUUUGCGUCGAUAACAGUCUGGAUGGUUCGCUUCCCCUUUGGUCCAGAUGACACAAUGUCGAAUAUUUCCAAAAACUAUUGGAAAUGUGGACUCGUCAGACCACAGAACACUUUUCCACUUUGCAUCAGUCCAUCUUAGAUGAUCUCAGGCUCAGACAAGCCAGCGGCGUUUCUGGAUGUUGUUGAUAAAUGGCUUUCUCUUUCGCUUUUAAACUUACAGAUGUAGCGACAAACUGUAUUUAGUGACAGUGGUUUUCUGAAGUGUUCCUGAGCCCAUGUGGUGAUAUCCUUUAGAGAUUGAUGUCGGUUUUUGAUACAGUGCCGUCUGAGGGAUGGAAGGUCACGGUCAUUCAAUGUUGGUUUCCGGCCAUGCCGCUUACGUGGAGUGAGUUCUCCAGAUUCUCUGAACCUUUUGAUGAUAUUAUGGAGCGUAGAUGUUGAAAUCCUUGAAUUUCUUGCAAUUGCACUUUGAGAAACGUUGUUCUUAAACUGUUUGACUAUUUGCUCACGCAGUUGUGGACAAAGGGGUGUACCUCGCCCCAUCCUUUCUUGUGAAAGACUGAGCAUUUUUUGGGAAGCUGUUUUUAUAGCCAAUCAUGGCACCCACCUGUUCCCAAUUAGCCUGCACACCUGUGGGAUGUUCCAAAUAAGUGUUUGAUGAGCAUUCCUCAACUUUAUCAGUAUUUAUUGCCACCUUUCCCAACUUCUUUGUCGCGUGUUGCCGGCAUCAAAUUCUAAAGUUAAUGAUUAUUUGCAAUAAAAAAAAUGUUUAUGAGUUUGAACAUCAAAUAUGUUGUCUUUGUAGCAUAUUCAACUGAAUAUGGCUUGAAAAGGAUUUGCAAAUCAUUGUAUUCUGUUUAUAUUUACAUCUAACACAAUUUCCCAACUCACAUGGAAACGGGGUUUGUAUUUAUGUUCUUUAAGUGGAAGGUUUUAUUGGCGACAUCUAGUGGCCAUAAUCAUUAAUUCAAUCAAACUUGUGACUAGAAAUGAUGCGGACACGUUUGUUACUGCUUCCUAAUACAAGACUUUGCAUGUUUAAGUAGUAUGCAACAAUAAUUAUUUUAGACUUUUUUGUUUGGAUGGUUUGUUUUGUUCAAUUUAGGACACUUGUUAGGUGUGUGUGUGUGCUAUUGUGUGCUUAGCUGUUGUGUAUUCGCUAGCUUCUUGUAUCCCAUUGCCUACCCGUGUCUACCUUUUUGUAAAUGGCUUGGCUAAAAUUAAAGAAAAUACCAACUUU